CCUCGCUCAUUCCUUCCCAGGACGGCCUCUCUGUUGGUAGCGUUCGUGUCGACUGGCCAGAGUCCGCGAGCUGUUCUCUUAAUCUCUCUGCCUCUCUGCUUCAGAUCUCCUCAGGGAAGUACAGAGGGUAACUGUCUGUUGACUUAACAGGAACUACAGAAACCUCUGUCGUUGGCUCACCUCAUCUCACUUCUUGGUUCUGUUGAGUUCUGAUUUGCCAUGGCCUACCACAGUUUCUUGCUUGAGCCAAUCAGCUGCCACGCUUGGAACAAGGACCGGACCCAAAUUGCUUUGUGUCCCAACAACCAUGAUGUCCACAUCUACAAGAAGGACGGGACCAAAUGGACCAAGAUACAUGAACUGAAGGAGCAUAACGGACAGGUCACAGGUAUUGACUGGGCCCCUGACAGUAACCGUAUAGUGACGUGUGGAACUGACCGGAACGCCUACGUGUGGUCCCUGAAGGGGGACGUGUGGAAACCCACGCUGGUUAUCCUCCGGAUCAACCGGGCCGCUCGCUGUGUCCGCUGGUCCCCACGGGAGAACAAGUUCGCUGUCGGCAGCGGGUCUCGACUCAUCUCCAUCUGCUACUUUGAGCAGGAGAACGACUGGUGGGUCUGCAAGCACAUCAAGAAGCCGAUCCGCUCCACCAUCCUCAGUCUGGACUGGCAUCCCAACAAUGUUCUGCUGGCAGCUGGAUCCUGUGACUUCAAAUGCAGGGUGUUCUCUGCCUACAUUAAGGAGGUGGAGGAGAAGCCCGGUCCAACUGUGUGGGGGUCCAAGAUGCCGUUCGGGGAGGUGCUGUUUGAGUCUGGCCCCUCUGUGGGGGGGUCUGGGGGGGAAGGCGUUGGGGGAGGCUGGGUCCAUGGGGUGUGUUUCUCCCACAGUGGAAACCGCCUCGCCUGGACAUCACAUGACUCUACAGUGGCCAUCGCAGAGGGAGGGAAGACGAGCAGUAUCUGCAGUUUGAGCUCUGAGACUCUUCCUCUACUGUGUGUCACCUUCAUCACUGAAAACAGCAUAGUGGCUGCUGGUCAUGACUGUUACCCGGUGCUGUUUGUUUAUGACGGAGCGAAGGGUUCCUUAACGUUCGGAGGGAAGCUUGAUGUUCCCAAACAGACAUCCCAGAGAGGGAUCAGCGCCAGGGAGCGCUUCCAGAACCUAGACCGCCGCGCGACCACCUCAGAUACUGCAGAGCCGGUCCUGGAGAGCCUGCACAAGAACAGCAUCAGUCAGAUCUCAGUGCUGGAGGGAGGCAAGAGCAACUGUGUCAAGUUCUGUACCACUGGAAUGGACGGGGGGAUGGCCUUGUGGGACGUCAAGAGUCUGGAAUCAGCCAUGAAAGGCCUCAAGAUAGUUUGACAGUAUGAAGUCCGCAAUCGAACCAGCCAGCCAGCCAACAGCCAUUCAACCAGCCAGCCAACCGGCAUCAAACCAACCAGCCAGCCAACCAACCGGGACAUGAAGAAAUCUGGCAUCUUUAUCUUUGUCUGUCAGUCUGUCUGUCGCAGUUCUAAUUCACUUCUACUUGGUGAUUUAAAAUCAUUACAAAAGUAGAUGAAAGGGCAUGUGUUUCUUGCCAUCGUUUUACUUCUUUCUUUUUAAACUCAUUGGAGCUGUACAUUAUUCUUUAUCCUCUGUGCAGUUAAUUUCCUUGGGACCCAAGGGAGUCGUAUAGCACAACUUUCUGUAUCCGGGAAUAGGGGUAGAUUUGGGACUAUGUUUUUAUAUCUUUGUUUUCUAAACCAGAAAUUGCUUGUGCUCGAUCUUGCUAUUUGUCCUUAGGCAUCUCAUACAGUAAAAGGUACUAAAUCUGCACCUGUGCUCUGAUAUAUUGGCUAUCAUGCAUGAUUGAAUUGACUAAAACAUUUGGUGUUUGCACAAUGUAUUUUUGUUUUUGUUUUACAUAAACGGGACAGGACCACGAAAAUGAAAGGUCUAAGCUGAAUGUUGUUUUUAAAUCUGGCAUUCACAUUCAUAAUUCAUUUGUUUGGAGAAUGGGACAUUUCAGAUGCAAGACUUUUUUCAAACAUUUUUGAAAAGAGAAAACCAACUUACUCUGAAUUGUAAAGUGCCAAACAUUAGAGGAUUGGUGUAUGAGGUGUUAGAAGCUUACAAUUGAAAUGCUACUGCAGGUAUUGGUAUACACAGCUUCAGCGUGAAAUGUUACAACAGGUAUUCGUGAAGAAAGCUAAGCAGCAGUACCUGUUAAAUGCUUAUGCUGGUCAUAAAGUGCAUUUAAUAAAAGAUUUAUUACAGUA